UUUUUUUCUUCCUGUUUCCUGGCAGAGGUUAAAAAGUGUAGGAGCAAGAAGGCUUUUCCCUAAGCAGAUCCCUGUUCCUGGCUCAGUGUAAUUUGAAGGUGUAACCCUUAGCUGUAUUUCACUGUGUGCAGCUUAUUGAAGUCACUACACAAGAGAGAGAGGGAGUGAGAGAAACACACACACAGACACAUACUAAAAAGCUAGAAACACGGGUUGCAGAUAAAGAAAAAUAUACAAAAACUGCAAGAAAAAAAGCAUAAAGCAAAAAAGGACAAAAACAAACAUUUAGGACAAAACAAAAGUGAAAAAUUCCAGAAAAAAAUUCCUUUCCUUUUAUUUUCCUUGGGGAAUUUACAUCUGUUUGCCUUUGGCCAGAAAUCUGAACAAGGUUUAUGCACAUUCACUGGGAGCAGAUACUGGAUUUGGAGACAGGACCGAUGACAAAUUCUAGCAGAUGGUUUCCUGGGUGUCUCCUUGUUCAGGCAACAAGUUGUCUUAGGUCAGUGGAUAAAUGAGAUAAUAAUUACUUUAUGAGGGAAUACAAUGGCUGAGAUUGCAGUACUCACAAUGUGGCUUUUUCUGGCACCAUUUGUAGUUAUGGAGUUAUCAGUCUCUUUAGCUGACAAUAGCAUUCAGUUAAAACCAGUUCAUGGAUUCCUAGAGGAGAGAUUAAUGAAGAGCCAAUCAGAGGACACGUCUAAUUAUACAGCACUAGUCCAUGAUAUUGAAAGCUCAAAGAUUUCCCAUCUGAAGGAGAAUGGGAAUGUUGAAGAAAUUUUAACACACACACAACCAGGUGUCAAUAGUUUUGGCAAUGCCCCUUCACCAACUGUAUUUAUAAACUUAGAGAAAAUAGAGGACUAUCCAAAGGAACAGAAAGAAAUGGCUUCUGAUGGAAUUUUUAAAAGUGACAGUAAAGAGUUGGCUGAUUUAAAAAUGUAUGAUAAUAUUGGAACUAAAAAUGCCACAACUCUAAAUCCUCUUCUUAAGAUGUCAUCUAGUAUUUCUGAAGUGUUUGAUAAGAAUUCCAGCCUUGCUAUACAACAUUUCAAAGGGACACAACUUUACCCAUCUCGUGAACUAUUAACUUCCCAAGACAAAGCUGAAUCAGCGCAAAUAAAAAAUUAUAUUGAACCUGAAAAAGAAGAGAGUAAAAUGAUACUCAGCACUGCUCAGCCAACUGUGUCCACAAUAUUGUUUGCCACCUCACCACAGAAGGAUAGACCAAUCACACAAAUACAAAAACUUCAAAUUGCAAGUGGCAAUGAGCAGGCAAGCAAGGAACUAACAGAGAACACAUUGGGUUUUCAUCAUGAUGUGGAACUUGGCACUCAUGGAACCUUGAGACAAACAGAAGAGAAUAAUUUUCUUGAUGAUAAUUUCAUACCAAAAAUGAAUGCAAUGCAGUCUUCAGAAAUGUACCAGGCGGCUGCAUACAGGACUACAGAGAGCUACUCUGUACUACAAGACACUGGGCCAGUGAACAAUGAGGUACUAACAGAAGGUGCUGAUGAAUUACAUCUCACAGAGGAUCAUUUGCAGUAUCAGAAGGACAGUGAUAGUCUGGAGUCAGCAGAAAAUGAAACUGUAGACCUUCAACCCAAGCAGAGAGCAGGAUUUGCUGAUCAGAGAGUGGAUCUGGAACUCUCAAGUAAGAACCAUCCAAAACUAUCCACAAUGGUUCCAUUUCUUGAUAAGCUCAAUCUGUCACAUGGCACAAAGCAUGUCACUUUGGAAUCUAAGGCAAGUGUGCAAACUGAGAGGAUCCCUGCAGCUACUCAUGAAGUCAAGAAGGAAGAGAAAGAUAACAAUGAGCUAUCCACCAAUAAGAUGCAUCCACAUGAAAAACUGAUGUCUUCUAUGCCACCUCAUGAAACUCCAACGCCUGCAAUGCAAGUGCUUGGUAAAGACCCUGAUAAACUUAAGGAGCCAUUGCAGAGCUCAGCUCAGCCAGGAAGUGCUCUUGUUGCUCCGGCAAUGACGCAGAGGAGCCCAGAUACAGGUAGUGCUCCUCCUGGGCUUGUGAUGUCUACAACAUGGAAUAUACUGGCAACCAGGCAGACAGGUGCAGCUGACAACGACAGACCUUCUUCUGGCUUCAAUCCACUACAGAAGGGAGAUCAAGCAAAUUCAAAUACUACAAAAAGAACUGGGAGGAGAGGCGAAAUAAGAGUUACAACUCAACGAGCUUUUCAGAAACCCCAUCUUCUAGAGGCUCCAACCAGCUUUCCGAGCAGAAAAUCCAACAUGGAGACACCAAUAUGUACCAAGACAGGUGGAACAUGUGAAUUUCUGGGAUCCAACAUGACCUUACUGAAGUGGGACCACCUGCAUAACACUUUAAGUUUUGCUUGGGAUAUGCACGUUUAUGGAACAGGAGUCCUCUUUGUCUUGUUAUCGGUAAUUGCCAUGGUAAAUCUCAUAGGAUCUCCAAUACUACAAGUGCCCUACCUUCCAUAUAUUUUAAUGUCUAAUUCACUUCUGUUUGCUGUUGGUGUUCUUCGAGCAGUUCUAUUUUUUUUAGAUCCUUAUGGGACAAAAUCCAUAAUCUCAUACAGAGUUUCUCUGGUACUCUACAAUGUAACUUUUCCCCUCAUACUUACAACAUUUGCGACCUUGGUCCUGCUGGUUUUAAAUAUAGGCUGUCUUCAACUGCUUCCUCCAAAGAUUCAAAGUCUUCCUUUGCUUGCAGUGGUUGGAGUCAUUCACUUUAUCAUCCUUCUAAGUGCAGACCUCCUAACGCAUUUCCUAAACCCUUCUGUAAACAUUGUCUUACAGAUACUCUCAAUCUCAUGGGGUAUAUUCCUAAUGGUUGGUACCUUUGUAGUGUACUAUCGGCUGAGGAAAUGUAGCAAAGAUAUUGUGAAUGAGACACAGAGAGUUUCACCGACCACAGAAGAUAUUGUGUCAAUGCAAACUCAAGGGAGGAAUAUCAAAUGUCUCUUCACAUCAUCAAGGGUAUUGCUUGUCAGCAGUGUGUUUGGACUUCUCUGCUGUGGUUUGCAGGUUUAUGCUUUACUGUGGCUAUAUGGUUUGCUUGGAAAGAAAAAUGAGUUUUCUUGGUCCUGGUGGUUUGUACAAUUCUGGUUCCGGAUUUUUGAACUUGCUCUGUGCUUUUCCAUGAUGUUUAUAGCCUCACAUAGUUUUUGUCUGCAGUGCAGUACUAGUGAUCAUACUUGCUGGUCCAAAAUAAUAAGUUAUUUUUGUGUCUACAACAAAACUGAAAUUCCAGAAUAUCCAAACAACUGCUAUGACUGGACAAACAACAUCCAAGACAGGGUCAUCAAUAACAAUAUUAGCAAAAGUAUUAUUCGUAACCAAGCUGAAAAUGUUCCUCUCCGAAUCCUGAAGGAAACCAAUGAAAAUAAACCUAAUGUAGCACUCAAUAGCAGAUCUGCUUCCCCACUUGCUAGACCUAAACCAGAGCACAUCUUUGGACCAAAAUCACAAAAUGUAACCAUGGGGCGCUCCUAUACCAGCAUUUGCUUUGAAAGGGAAUCUAUGCUGUCACUCGCUGAUCUGGAGUUUCGCCCACCAUCUCCAAUAAAUUUGAGCAGAAGCAUUGAUGAAGCCUUGUUUAGAGAGCACUUGGUCAGAGACAGUAUCUUCCUAGAUUCCAGUCUUCAAUAUCCCAGUUAUAUAACCAGACAGGACUCGUGCUCCUCUCUAAAAGAAUGCUCAGCCUUGAAUCAGACAGUUGACCCACUGAUUUCAUCAGAUCUAAAAAUGAGAAGAUGUAGCAACCCAGACUAUAUGUACAGCUUAGCAAGACAUAGCUCACAGACAGAGGUUGACUCCACAAGUGAGAGUCUUCCACAGAGCAAGGAUCUACCCCGUGAUGUGACCACAGAGGCAGAAGCUUCAGUCAGUUCCUUGGACAGUGUUUCCAAAGGAUCCAUCAAAAUCAGCUGGAAUCCUUGGCGACAUGGUCGGCUGUCCUCGGUGGAAAGCCUUCCAAUGGAAGAUACACCUAACACACAGCUCCUUAAGCAAGGUUCACAACCAAGCAUUCCUUCCAAAGGCAGUGAGCCGGAGAAAAUAUUUGGCAGGAGACUUAUUGAAAGGAGUCAAACAACAGACUCACAUAGUAUUGCAAGUGACACUAUCGAACUGUGAAGAAGCCAGUUUAAGUCAUUUCCUUUAAAAUUCAAGACUCUUCUACACAAUGUUUGAAUUUUUUUUAAGUUUAUAUAAAAUAAACUAAUUUGUGAACAUGGUGUGAUACAAAGGCGGCAAUUUCCCCCCCCCGCCAUGUUUUUUUUAAUAUCAUAAUCUUCAAUAAUAAGCACAUAUAUUCACAAUGAUUUCACAUUGUUGGAACACUAAUCAUUUAUUUUCUGUGAAUAUAUCUUAAAUUGCCGAACUUUUUAUGCUAACCUCAUCAUAUUAAAAAAAUAGAUGGCUGUUUUUGUGACUUUCUCUUAGCAA